AUGAAUUUCCAAGUAGAUAAGGAUCAUAGUAAAAUAAUUUUUAUGGCUAAAUUAGGUUUAGGUAUAAUGAAACUCCAAAAGUAGUGAUCAAUUUAGAGAGUAAUAGUAAGAGUAGUAAGAUAUUUAUAAAUAUUAGUAGAUAUCUUAAAUAGUUAGAAUGAAACAAUAUGUAAAUGGAACUCCAAUCAAUGCAAGAAAGAGAGAAAAAAGUUUAACUCUUGUUAAUAAAUGA